AUGGGCAACUGUACCAAACCGUCUAUGAAAGACAAAAAGAAGGACAGGGAGCUGAGACCGGAGGAGAUUGAUGAGCUCCGUGAGGCCUUUGUGGAGUUUGAUAAACACAAGGACGGCUACAUCAGGCAUAGAGACCUGGGAGAGUGCAUGAGGACCAUGGGAUACAUGCCCACGGAGAUGGAGCUCAUCGAACUGAGCCAGCAGAUCUGUGGAGGUAAAUUGGACUUUGAAGACUUUGUGGAGCUGAUGGGACCCAAAAUGCUGGCAGAGACAGCGGACAUGAUCGGAGUGAAAGAACUGCGGGACGCAUUCAAAGAGUUUGACUCUAAUGGUGACGGUCAGAUAAGUUUAACUGAGCUGCGUGAGGCCAUGAAGAAGCUGAUGGGGGAACAAGUGACCAACAGAGAGAUAAAUGAGAUCCUUCGAGAUGUUGAUCUCAACGGAGAUGGUUUGGUGGACUUUGAGGAGUUUGUGCGAAUGAUGUCACGCUGA